GUCGGCCUCUGACGCCGUCGUCGCCCCCGCGCCGAGUCCCGCCCGGGCCGCUCCCGCCGACCGUUGGGCGGCCUGCCGAUGUCCCUCCCUCAGGACCUCCCCCCACCCCUGAACUGCUCUCGCGGCAGCGACCCAUGUGGGAGUUCAGGCUCCUGCGGUCGCCACCGCUGCUGCUCCUCCUGCCGCAGCUCAGCCUCGGAAUCGCCGCGUCCCGCUCACAGGCCGAAACCAUGAACCUGGGCGGCGGCAGCGGUGCGCCGUUCUCCCCGUCGGCGGAGGGGCGCCGGCCGCAGUGCCUGCAGCUGUCCACGGUGCCGGGAGCUGACCCGCAGCGCAGCAACGAGUUGCUCCUGCUGGCGGCGGAGACAGCCGGGGAGGGACCGGAACGGAGGGCCCUCCCUGGGGACCGGGCGAAGGAGGAGCCGCAGCCAGCGCCCCAGCAUCACGUUCUCUAUUUCCCGGGGGAUGUGCAGAAUUACCAUGAAAUUAUGACUCGUCAUCCUGAGAAUUAUCAGUGGGAAAACUGGAGUCUAGAAAAUGUGGCCAACAUUUUAGCCCACCGGUUCCCCAAUAGUUACAUUUGGGUGAUAAAGUGUUCUCGAAUGCAUUUGCACAAAUUCAGCUGCUAUGAUAAUUUUGUGAAAAGUAAUAUGUUUGGUGCUCCAGAACACAAUACUGACUUUGGAGCUUUUAAGCACCUUUAUAUGUUAUUAGUUAAUGCUUUUAACUUAAGUCAGAACAGUUUGUUAUCAAAGAAGAAUGUGAAAGAUUUGAAUCAGGACUCCAGAGCAUCUAAUUGUAGAUCCAGUUCUUCUCACACUACUAAUGGUUGCCAGGGAGAAAAAGAGAGGACCUGUGAAAAGUUUGAUGAGUCCGCCAUGAGUUUUUAUCCACCAUCACUAAAUGGUGCUUCUUUUACUUUGAUCGGAUUCAGUAAAGGUUGUGUUGUUUUGAACCAAUUGCUUUUUGAAUUAAAAGAAGCCAAGAAAGACAAGAACAUAGAUGCUUUUAUCAAAAGCAUAAGAACAAUGUACUGGCUGGAUGGUGGUCAUUCCGGAGGAAGCAAUACUUGGGUUACUUAUCCAGAAGUCUUGAAAGAAUUUGCACAAACAGGAAUUAUUGUUCAUACCCAUGUAACACCUUACCAAGUAUGUGAUCCAAUGAGAUCUUGGAUUGGAAAGGAGCACAAGAAAUUUGUUCAAAUACUUGGAGAUUUUGGUAUGCAGGUGACUAGCCAAAUUCAUUUUGCAAAGGAAGCUCCUUCCAUAGAGAAUCACUUCAGGGUUCAUGAAGUAUUUUGAGACUACAAGAACAUUAAUGUCCUUGUUCAGUGGAAGAGCAGAAGCACUUUGAGUGUUAUAAAUUCAGAUAAAUACAUUUUGAGAAACCAAGAUCUAAUGAGUGUCAACUAACACUGACAGCUGUAUGAUUACAAUAAAAGGUGAGCGGUCACUUUUUUAUUGCUUAUUAAUAAUUAGCUUUUGCAGGUCAUGAAAUAAUUAAGCAGGCAUUGCCGCUUUCAAAUUGAUAAAAAAAGAUACUGAAGCUUAAUAUCUUAAUAACCCAGAGGACCUAAAUUUAUAAAAUACAGAAUUAAAAUGUUAAUCUCUUGGUUUCUUCCCAGACGUAUAUUUUAAUGACUCUGUAAUACAUUCCAAAUAUUCAAACUUAUCAGAAUUCUUGCUCACCAAAUGCUUAGAAAUGACAUCCCUUAAUUGUAUAAAGUACAGAAUAGUAUCUCAAUUUUUUUUAAGGACAAGUUAGUUUAUGUUGGUUCAAUUUCUUUACCGGCUUUUAAGACCAAAAAUUCCCAGUAAGGAAACCAGCAACCUGAUUCUAGCAUUUUAUUACCUAAUCUUAAAGUAUCAUGAUUGGUUGGAUGGCUUCUUUCAAUGUUUAAUAAUCCUUGGUUAAAUUCAUGUGUAUCUAAUGUUAAGUAGCUAAGUUACUGAAUGCACUACUGAGGGGGAAGGAAAAGCACUUAUUUCACAGGAUUAGGUAAAAUGGAAAAAAGAAGGAUUUAUCUGAAAAAUCUGAGAUAUUUAAAAAUCUGGGUUCUUUAGCUAUCUAGUCAUAUGACUGCUUAAUUAUAAUUGUUAUGUGUUCAAUGGAUGUUAAGAAUAACUCACUGGACACCUGGAACUGCCAUUGCAACAGGAUGAGAGUGUUGAAAGUAGAAAUAUUUUCUUGAAUGAAAAUAUAUUCCAGCUGAUCCAUAUUCAAAUAUUUAUGACUUCCAAUUUGUUCUUUCUCUACAUUUGUUUAAAACUAUUGUAAAUGUUAGUGUAUCCUUUUGGAUUGUGCCUUUGUGUUUGUGUCAUGAGAAUCAACUGAGAAGUCAUAUAGAUAAUGUGAAAGUUGUUACCGCCACAGCAUGAAUGUACAAUUGUAUUAAAUUUAAUCCAGAGAA